GUCAGCGAUCCAUGUCUAAACAAACUCGUAUAUGAAUCGUCGAUCAGGCACCAUCAACGACGGAAACAGCAUCUCGCAACCAGCAACCCGGAUCGAUGCUCUUUCCACAAACCCAUUUCCAUCUCGAUAAAUACCUUGACCCACAGAUUUCCUCAGCUCACUCUCACAUCUUCCAUCAUCACGCUCUACUAGUACGAAACUCAAAUCGUUCUCAUUUUCCCUCAGAUCUAGUAUUUCCGCUCUCGCUCCAUCUCCGAAGCAAAAAUGUCUGGGCGCGGCAAGGGAGGCAAGGGGCUCGGAAAGGGAGGAGCCAAGCGUCAUCGCAAGGUGCUCCGCGAUAACAUCCAGGGUAUCACCAAGCCGGCCAUUCGCCGUCUUGCUCGCAGGGGCGGAGUGAAGCGUAUCAGUGGGCUGAUCUACGAGGAGACUCGCGGCGUUCUUAAGAUCUUCUUGGAGAACGUCAUCCGCGACGCCGUCACCUACACGGAGCACGCCCGGCGUAAGACAGUGACCGCGAUGGAUGUGGUUUAUGCUCUGAAGAGGCAAGGAAGGACUCUCUAUGGGUUUGGAGGCUAGAAGGAUAUAUUGCCGAUGGAGGAGAAUGGACGGCCGGUCGGACAAGUCUUGCUGUCAAGAAAAGAAAAGAACGAAGGUGUAUUUUGGUGAUGGAGGCGGCGGCGAUGCUUUGUCUAGCCUAGGGUUCCCUUAUGUUUGUGCCUGUGUUUUUUCCACUCCAGUUCUCUACUAUGUAAUUAGGGUUUCAGCGAUUGCCUGUAAGCAUUAAUUGAUUGUAGUUCAUACUUGCUUUGAAUUGCAAUUUUAUAACAAUUUAGGAUUUGCUGAACUUGCGUUCUUCCUUACCUGCACUUAAGAUUAGACUCGUGAUUGCAUAGUUUACCCAUCUGCAUCCGGAGAUCUUCCAUGAUGUUCUUCGGCCAUCUUAUGUUAGUUGGUGUAUCUUACAAAUCUGGUUGUGUUUUGUUAUGGCAGAUUUCUUACUUGUGUAACCUAGAGUAGAUGAACUGCACUAGUGGCUGACCAUAGUCUUCAUAGAUGAUUGUGGUGCUAAUGUUAGUUGCUAUGUGCAAUUCCCCUACUGUAAAUGCAGCUAUGCUAUCUGGCAAUUAGACAAGUUCAUUUCGUUAGAGCUCUAUGAAUUUUCUUAUUCGCCUUCCAUUCAUUCCGCAUACUCUCUGUCGAUAAGCUGAUGGGAUGAAUUUCUGAUAGGAGCUUUGAUGUUCGUCCGGAAGAACUUGCUGAAAACUCCGUAUUCUGAUAACUGAAUUCACAGGCGUAGUUGUAGAACUUGCCCGAGCUCCCUUGUCCGGAAAUGUGACGCCCAGAUCAACUAUUUUUUUUUUUUUGUAAAGAACGAUAGAGUAUAUAGAUACAAUAACUGCAUUAUUCUGGUCUGGCUUCCUUGGUAUCACUGGCUCAGUUUUCAGGUAAGAACCAGUUAUCCAGCGUGUAGUUACCACUUUCUUUUCUUAUCUCUCAAUUGUACAAUAGUUCUGCCGAGAAGCAAGCUAGUAGACUGGUAUGGAGCCUGGUAAACUGUCUUGAGGCUCACGUGCAAGAGUCAUUGAUGCUUGUGGAAGUAAUGAGUUCUGCAUUAGUAUGGUCUCAUGCUGCCAACCAUAGUUACACUUAUUCAGAGAUAUUUCUAGGUGUUCAGCCUCUUAAUCUUCUUCCUUUCUCCUCUGCUUGCUAGUUACUGCUGUUUAUUGCACAUAUUAGAGGCAUGUGAACAAGAGCCAAUGUUGAUGACCUUCUAAAGUCGUAGUUCUUAAAAAGUUAUGUGUAAUAAAAGAAAACUUUAUGACAUUCGGAUUGAGGAUCACAAAGUUAUGAUCUUCUAAAGUUUGACAAAAUCGAAAAAUUGCUCGUUCGGGGUAGCAACGACAUUUUUUUGGUAUGAAGGCAAGUUGCAGAUUAGAAGAUCUUGAAAAGUUAUGUGGAAUAAAAAAAAAUUCCGCCGCGAUCGGAUAACCAAGCGCAAAGUUACGUUUGUUUGAAGUUUCAACCUUGGGUCAGACUUUCACCGCGACCGACAACUGCGAUGAUGCAUUCACUGCUUUCGUCUGCCGCAGUGAUGUCCAAACAUGUGUAGAUUGUGAAUUUUUUCAUAAAGCGUGUGUAUUUUGGAUUUUUUUAAAAAAACAUGUGUAUUUUGGUUUUGAUGUAUUUUUUUUUAUGAAGGUGAGAAUAAGAUUAACCGAAAGGGAAUAUACAGAAGAGUCCAAGGUUCAACAGAACUGAACCUGAGGGAACAAAAUGCAGACGACGAGGCUAGAAAGAAAGACGCAAGCCAAACAAACAAAAACAAAACUAGAUUUCUAUUUGACGCCCUAGCUUUUUAAAUUUAUCGCCCUAAGCCCUACUCAAACGACCUUUUUGCCCCUUGGCCCUAACAAAACCCAAAACGUAUCUUUCCCCAGUCGAACUCCCCUCCCUUCCCCCCGACUCCUCAGCCAUCGCCGAGCUAGCUAACGCCCUAAACAAAUCCCCCACCCAAAACUACACCCGCCGCUACUUUUAUGUUGCAGAACAAUAAACCCUCACCCCUCAACCAAUCAUCAUCGUCAAUCACCCACCAAACCGGACACCCGCAGUCGAGUCAAGGAGGAAGACGAGCGUUGGCGUUGCUGCCCUGCUGCCAGUGGCGGAGGGAGGUAAGGAGGAGAGGGGUCCUAGGACCCCACUUGGCAAAUAAUUGGGCAACAAAACCCUUUAAAUACAUAGGUUUUAGUACGAUAAUUCAAGUUUAGGACCCCAUACUCUCAACAAUGUUAGCUCACCAAGGACUCAGGUUAACUCAAAAUUCAUUAGGUACGCAAGCAUUUAUGUUAGUAAAAAUUUAAGGACCCCAGUGAACUCGAUGUCUGGCUACGCCACUGCCUGCUGCUGCUGAGUCAACUAGGAAGGAUAAUCCACAUCCUUUGCCGCCCAACUCCAUCGGAUCCUUCAUUGAUCACCAAAAUAGGGAAAAAGGAUUAAUUACAAUUAAUUAAGCAUAAUUAAUGUGACAAUUAGUAACUGUUAUUACCUUGUUAAUUAUGAUGGUGGUGGACAGUGGCGUAGCCAGACAUCGAGUCAAGUGGGGUCCUUAAAUUUUUACUAACAUAAAUGCUUGCGUACCUAAUGAAUUUUGAGUUAACCGGGGUCCUUGGUGAGCUAACAUCGUUGAGAGUAUGGGGUCCUAAACUUGAAUUAUCAUACUAAAACCUAUGUAUUUAAAGGGGUUUGUUGCCCAAUUAUUUGCCAAGUGGGGUCCUAGGAACCCUCUCCUCCUUACCUCCCUCCGCCACUAGUGGUGGUGGUGGUGGUGCGGAAGCGGCGGAGUGGUGAAGGCGGGAGGAGGCGGAGGACCUCUGUUGGCGGCCAGCACCGGCGGAUGAAGAAUCAAUUAAUGGGGGGAAUUGAAGGGGAGUGGAUUGGGGAUUUCCGGUGAGCUUGUCGGAGAUUAUGACGACUCCAUUAUCUGCCCGGCGAGCAGGGUAGGUGGCCACAUGAAUUUUUUUGAACCACCACAUAAGAAGGGUAUGAAUGUGAUUUCACUAGUAGUUAGGACGAUUUUUUUUUAAUUCUUAGGGCGGUGAAUAGUACUUCUCAAACAAAAAAGAGAAGAAGAAGGCUCUAGGAGACAGGAGAGCCAUGGGGAAAAACAAGAGAGGGAACUCCCUGCGAACCGUCCAGCGUGAAGUAGGAGAGCAACCCCAACCAAACACGAAAGCAACAGAGGAAAACAUGCCUAAACAAAAUUUCUAUCCAUCCAAGAUAAGCAGUCCUGCUUUUCGGCUUUUCCAUGAGCUACGAUCCAUUCAAUCACCAUGUGAGAGAUCUUGCGAUCAAUGGCUAAACUGGUGGCAACUGAGUCUUGAAAGAUUCUUCGGUUCCGCUCCAACAAAGACACCAACAGAUAGCAUGCAAGCUGCAGUAAACGAAACAACCUGUGACAUCAUCAGGAUGAGCAUUAGGCCAGUUCCGUAUAGUAUCAAUGAUUCCUUGUCUUGGUCUGCAGGGCUGGAAACGUUGUUAAUACCCUCAAUGAAUUGAAGAUAGGAAA